AAAUGAAGGCGAGCUACACAAUGGUAACCUGAGAGAAGAAAAAAAGAGGAAAAAAUGAAAAUACCAAAAAGAAAAUUAUUUCUUCUCAUAAUUUUUGCCUAUGUGGCAUUUUCACUAUAUGCUGCAUACAAUGUUUUCUUCAGCACCAAAGCAAUAUCACGCGUUCAUAGGGUUGUGAAGAAAGAGACAGCCCCGUCGGGUGGUGUCAGAGAUGGCGGUGCUGUUGCUCCAUUUGUAGGCGAUGAAUGGAAUCCGUGGGAGAAUGAACAGGUGGACUACAACUCUGCUCUAAAUAAAAAGAGAGAGGCUUUCAAACAGUACAUCGGCCGAAUUGACAAAAACAAACCUAAAAGAUACAAGGUGCAAAUCUGGGGGAAAGCCGCUAUAGGGCUUUACCUUUGGGAACACAUUUUAGAGGGACCCCUCAACCCUACUGACAAAGUAGCCCAAUGGAGAGAGGGGGAGCUGCAGUGUGGAAAGGUUGACUUCAGUUUUUAUACAGGUCCUGCUGUCGUCCAAGGCCAUGUCCCUCUGGAAAUGAACAGCCUGGUUUUGGUUCUGAAUGGUCGUGAACAACAGAAGGUCACGUACUCCACACGGUGGCUGGAGCAUGUCAAGGCUCUGGUUCAGUCUCACACUGUAUCUCAUGUGGCUGUGGUCCUGCUUGGCAACGAGCGCUGCAACAAUGACUGGAUUGGCCCAUAUUUGAAGAGAAAUGGUGGCUUUGUGGAUCUGUUGUUUCUAGUGUAUGACAGCCCCUGGGUCAAUGACAAAGAUGUCUUCCAGUGGCCGCUUGGUGUUGCAACAUACAGGCAGUUUCCCAUGAUCAGGCCAAAUGCCCAGAUGAUCACCUCUAACAGGCCAUACCUCUGCAAUUUCUUAGGAACUGUUUACAAAAAUUCUUCCAGAGAAGUACUCAUGCAAGUGCUGAAACAAUCUGGCCUUGACAAAGAAUGCAUCACCACUGCCAGGGAGAAGUGGCUCCCUCAGGAGACAACAGACAGUCUGAGGCACUAUCAGACAGCUCUGGCCCAAAGCGAGCUCACCCUCUGCCCAGUCGGGGUUAACACUGAGUGCUACCGUAUCUAUGAAGCUUGCUCUUACGGCUCAGUGCCAGUGGUGGAAGACGUCCAGACACCUGGGACCUGUGCGGCAGGCCCCAGCGCUCCACUGCGUCUGCUAAAAGCUGCAGGGGCCCCCUUCAUUUUCAUCAAUGAUUGGAAGGAGCUGCCGGCCAUCUUGGAGAGGGAGAGAUCGAUGAGUCAGGAGCAGAGGGUGGACAGGAGGAGGAGGCUGUUGGAGUGGUAUGCCAGCUUCCGUCAGCAGAUGAAGGAGAGGUUCACAGAGGUCAUAGAGGAAACAUUCUUUAAAACUGUCUGACUGUGGUGCUUACUUUAAAAACCUUAAAAAGAUCAACAGGGUUAAUGUUCAGUAUUGACAUAAUUUAUUUUGUGGUGUGUGGAGAAAUGUGAUAGACUACUGUUUUGUGAACCUGGUGGUGUCCAGUGUAAUAGUCUAGUGAGAUUAUUAUAAAGCCAUUUAGGCAUUUAGUAAAGUUGAAAAGCUGCCAUUACUUGUCAGUUACGUCCUGUUCAGGAUCCUUUGGGAUUAUUGUAAAUAUGUUUUUUAUUAUGUAAACGUUUACAAUGGUGGAAUGUUAAGUCAGUUAAGAUGCCUUUAUAUUUCACAGCAACAUGUGGUUUGUUUAAUUUAAGUAUGUUAUACAUCUCUGUUUGAGCACACAUAAUAUGAUUUCAGAAAACACUACAAUGACUGAUAUACAUUAUGUGCUUUCAAGCCUUGUUUAAAAUGGUACAUCAUUGUUUUGUAACAUAAACAGCUGAUAUGGAGACAAAAAAAAAAAGACAGAAAAGUGGAUAGUGUUGGUGUGACAUGUAUUGCAUUUCAGAUUAUAGCAUUGCAAAAAACAUUUCAGCUUUGUUGUAUUUAUUUCAGUGCCAUGGCGCAUGAUUACUUUUUUUGUGCAAUAAAAUGAAAUUGAAUGUUGUAAAGA